GAAACUAGAAAAGAAAAGCCAUGAAAAAUUUUAAAAAAUCGUCAACAAAAGCGUCUUUAUUCAUGAAUAUCGGUUUUUUAUACUCAAACAGAUUUCAAUCCAAUUGAAUCUUCAUCACUGUUUAUCUUUCUUUUCUCUCUCUUAGUCAGAAAGAUGUGUUUCUGUUAGGUACCAAUUCCUCACCUCAGGUAUGGGAAAUACAGAAUCAGGAUAUGAUGAUUCGCUUCAAACUGACUUUUGGCAUCAACCUUCUUAUGAACCUUCAUCCCUAGCAGGAAGUUCAAUGGAUCGAAACUAUCAACCCAGGCAGCAAGCCCCGUUUAUACCUGACAAUUUUAGUUCUUUGGAUCAGGUUAUUUCAGCAUUGAGAGAGGCAGGACUUGAAUCAUCCAAUUUAAUACUUGGUAUUGACUUCACUAAGAGCAAUGAGUGGACAGGGCGGUAUUCAUUCAACAGAAGAAGCCUUCAUGCUAUUGGGAACUCACCUAAUCCUUAUGAGCAAGCAAUAUCUAUAAUUGGUCGUACUUUAUCUCCUUUUGAUGAAGAUAAUUUAAUACCUUGUUUUGGUUUUGGUGAUGCAUCAACGCAUGAUAAAUACGUUUUCAGCUUUUAUCCUGAUCACCGACCUUGUCAUGGUUUUGAGGAAGCUCUUGCACGGUAUAAAGAGAUUGUUCCGCACAUAAAGUUGGCAGGUCCAACUUCAUUUGCUCCAAUUAUUAAUGCUUCUAUAGACAUCGUGGAAGGCAGUAAUGGACAGUACCAUGUUCUUGUCAUCAUUGCAGAUGGACAGGUUACAAGGAACCCUGAUGUACCGCGUGGAAGGCUUAGUCCACAAGAACAAGAAACUGUAGAUUCUAUUGUUGCUGCUAGUCAUUAUCCUCUCUCAAUUAUUUUGAUUGGAGUGGGGGAUGGACCAUGGGAUUCAAUGCAACAAUUUGAUGAUAAUAUUCCACAUCGCGCCUUUGACAACUUCCAGUUUGUCGACUUCACAAAAAUCAUGUCUGAGAACACGGAAACAUCAAAGAAAGAAGCCGCCUUUGCUCUUGCUGCUCUCAUGGAAAUUCCGUAUCAGUACAGAGCUACCCUGAGUAUUAGUUUUGAUAAUAGAGAACUAGAACGUGGACUUGCAAGACCACUUCCGCCUCCACGAGAAGUGAUCGAACAUGAUAAUUCCAUUCGAUCGAUCCCACACAUGACUAAUUAUGAAACAGUGCAGCCAACAGCCCCUGCACAACCUGUAAUAAGUUCCGCAGCAGAACCGGUUUGUGCUAUCUGCUUGGUAAACCCAAAAGACAUGGCUUUUGGAUGUGGUCACAUGACUUGCAAGGACUGUGGGGUGACAAUUUCAUCAUGUCCGAUGUGCCGGCAGCCAAUAACGACACGCCUGAGACUGUAUACCUAAUUGAGAGCGGAUUUCUGGUUCUGUUGAGUGCUGUGAAGCCUAUUCAGGACAGGACCCUUUACAAAAUCUCAGUCAUUAUACAAUAUGCAUAAAGUCCAGUUUUAUUUCUAUUAGAGAUUCUCAAAUCCAAAGGUGGCCAUGUUACUGAACUGGGCAACUUUUUUUUUUUUUUUUAGAAAGGGUUUGCAUUGGACUAUUUUGCUCCCGGAAAGUUCUUUGUGUCGUUUGAAUAAAGUAUUUGUAUUUGGAAUGUGCAUUGCAAAUUGCCAGGUGCAGAGGUUACGGGAAAAAAAAAUGGAAAAUUAUUGCAUGCACAAGUGUAGGGGUGAGCAAAAUUUGACUCAAUUCGAAAAAUUCGAUAAAAAAUUUAAAAUUUGAAUCAAA